GGCCAGGUUGAGGAGUGAGCUAUAAAGACACAUUCCCCAGCUCUGACUGGAUGGGCUGCAUUAGUUAAACUCCUAAGUUGUUGGAGCUUUGGAUUGAGAGCCGGCGGGAAGGCCUGUGCAUCUGUGCUGACCCUGAACGCCUCUCCCUUUCAGCUCAUUGCUGCUCCACCACUGUUUUUGGUGAAGAUACUCCUGAAGAAUUGUUCGAGGUUGUCACUGCAAAAAUGGCCAAGUUGAUGGCCGCUCCUCUUAGCGCACUUGUUGAUGAGCCUGUGCACAUCCAAGUCACAGGCCUGGCACCUUUUCAGGUGGUGUGCCUCCAGGCAUCCCUGAAAGACGAGAAGGAGAAUAUGUUUGUUUCAAAGGCCUACUACAAGGCCAGUGAAACGGGGCAGGUGGACCUGGAGCGUGAUCCCUCACUUGGAGGAGACUAUAUGGGUGUCCACCCCAUGGGUCUGUUUUGGUCCCUGAAACCAGAAAAGCUGUUGAGUCGCCUGGCGAAAAAAGAUGUGAAUAUCCCCUACCAGGUCCACAUAGAACUUUCCGAGCCACACUUUCCAAUAAAAGGUAUUGUUGUCAGUCCGCCGAUGGAUAGCCUGACUUUGGAAAGAUGGUACGUGGCACCUGGUGUCACAAGGAUCCCGGUGAAGGAAGGCCGCCUCCGGGGAGCCCUCUUUCUGCCCCCAGGCGAAGGCCCUUUCCCAGGGAUUAUUGACUUGUUUGGGAGCACUGGUGGACUGAUCGAAUUCCGGGCCAGUCUUCUGGCCAGUCACGGCUUUGCGGCCUUGGCUCUGGCUUACUGGGGCUAUGAUGACCUGCCCUCUUACCUGGAUAAGGUAGAUCUAGAGUAUUUUGAAGAAGGUGCAGAGUUUCUCCUGAGACAUCCUAAGGUCUUGGGCCCAGGUGUUGGCGUCGUCUCUGUAUGCAGAGGAGCAGAAAUUGGACUCUCGAUGGCUAUUAACCUAAAACAAAUAAAAGCCACUGUACUUAUCAAUGGGCCCAACUUUGUUACUAGUGAUCCACAUGUAUAUCACGGUCAGGUCAACCAUCCCGUACCAUGCAAUAUAGAAUAUGUCAUCACCAAUGCCUUCGGAUUCGCAGAGUUUUAUCGAGCCUAUGAGGAAACUGCAGAUAAGGAUAGCAAAUAUUGUUUUCCCAUUGAAAAGGCGCAGGGACAUUUCCUUUUUGUGGUGGGAGAAGACGAUAAAAACCUCAACAGCAAAGUCCAUGCCCAUCAAGCCACAGCCCAGCUGAUAAGGAGUGGGAAGAAGAACUGGACCCUGCUGUCCUACCCGGGGGCGGGUCACCUGAUUGAGCCUCCCUACGCCCCCUUGUGCUCUGCCUCAAGGAUCCCCUAUGUGAUUCCAAGCAUCUACUGGGGGGGAGAGGCUGUCCAACACGCGGCCGCACAGGAGCAUUCUUGGAAGGAGAUACAGAAAUUUCUCAGGGAACAUCUCCUCCCAGAUGUGAGCAGCCAGCUCUGAGUGGACUCGAUGGGAUUCCUGGGAAGUAGAGCUGUUUAUCUCCUGACCAGCACUUCUCGGUUUCCCUAGGAUCUCUCCCUAGAUGACAAAGGAAGGUAUCACAAGAAAAUGCAGGAGGGCUGAGAGUGAUAUUAUCUUGACUUUGGACGGGAAAAAAAUAUUUCCCAUGUAAUGAAAUGCCAUGAAGUGAGAGUCCUACAUCUGUAUAAAUGAAGUCUUAGACCCAACUCUCCUAAAGUUUUCAUCACGAUAGCAAUUUUCUGUAAUAAUAAUUAGCAAGGAUAAGCCGCAGAAUACUAUGCUUUACAAAAAGAACCAUUAAAAGAAUUAUUGUUAUUCAGUAAUUUCUUAAAACUCACACUAUAGAUACUUAGAUCAUCCUUAUUGAUACUGGAAAUCAAGAGACAGGUGUUUUAAUGCAUUGUGAACGAUUGACUGUAUACAGGCGCAAUGAAUCGAUUUACAAACAAUUUUAACGAAUAUUAAUGCAUCACUGUUACCUCCAAACCUUUGCAACGUUUCCGCACCCCCUGUAACAAGAAGGGAGCAAUCUGAGAUCUACUUCUAUGCCGAUAAGAGAAGCAAGCGUGAUGAGGACUUCAGCCUCUAGAGUACGGGGUCAACAUCUUUGUUUUGUUUCUGUAAAGGACUAUGCUGUGAAUAAUCUCAACUUUUUCAUCUAUGUCUUCUGUCUGUCAGUAUGUGCAUUCUCCUGUGAUAAUAAGGAACAUGUGUAAUGAAGAUGAUGUCUGAAUGCCAAUUAAACUUUUAAUCCUGCACAUUAAAAUUUACGUUUAAUA